UGUUGGAAUACAGUGUACACAAUUAAGUUGCUUUUGAGGUUAUGUUGACAACUUUAGUUUGUUGAAGGAAGUCUUUGCUAAGCUUUUGUUUAUAAAACAUUUAGUGCAGUGUUUUACUAAAACUGUAAGUGAAUAUUAAUAAAUUUGUGUGAAGUUAGUGGAAAAUUGUUAAAUAUCACUUCAUAAAUUUGUAAAUACAUUUGGCGUCAUAGGGCAGUGAAGGGACGCGAUUAUAAUUUUGGCCUAAAAAAACUGUAGUCUAUGGCGAAUCGAGUGGCUGGAGCGUGCUGCGCCGCGUCUGUUGAGCGAGCCGGUCUGCCUGGCUUGCUGAGAGAUUUACAAAGACUAUCCGAAGAUCAUGACUCAGCUGACAUAAUUUUUAUCCUCGGUGCUGCGGAAGAAAAAAUCUAUGCGCACAAAAUAAUUAUGGUUGCCAGAUGCAAGAGUUUCCAAAAUACUAAGCGAGGCGAGGUGUGCCGCAUCCCCGGGUGUACGGUAACGCCAUCUGUCGGCGCGCAGCCUACACCGAUACGUAUGCCACACGUCCAACCGGAGACAUUUCGAUUGUUUAUACAAUAUGUUUAUACUGGAAAGUUACUCCUUCAAGAUUCUGGAGUAUUUGAGAUGAUGACUCUGGCGGCUGAUCUAGGAGUUGAAGAUUUGCGUGCAGCUUGCGAAGAUCAUGUUACAUCAACGCUUAGUGUAGAAAGUGCCUGUACUUUAUUAGCUGCUGCUAUGGAAAUUCAAGAUCGGCCAGGUGGCAAAAGCGCAUCAUCAUUUAUGGAGAGGUGUAUUGCAUUCAUUGGAGAGAAUGCUGCAGACUGUGUCAAAACUAAUGCCUUCCUCAACCUGCCCAAGGAAGCUCUCAUCAAGCUUAUAUCAUCAGACUUUCUGUGCCUGGAGGAGGAGGAGGUGUGGCGGUGCGUGCUGGCGUGGGCGAAGCAGCGCGCGGGCGUGACGCAGCCCACCGCGCACUGGGCCGAGGAGGAGCGCGCGCGCGUGCUGCUGCACCUCGCGCCCCUCAUGCACCACGUGCGCCUGCUCCUCAUCGAUAGCGCAGUGUUCGCGGAGGAGGUGGAGCCGACGGGCGCGGUGCCCAUGGAGCUGUCGCUGGAGCGCUACCGGCGCGCCGCGCUGCUCGCCCCGCGCCCGCCCGCCGCCGCAGACCGCCCGCGCUUGGCUGUGAACAUGUUUGCGGGAAGCAUCAUUUUGCAGCAGGACAAAAGCGCAUUUCAAGCUGUCAUCAAUAACUGGUGCGGAGGUGGCAAGCAACCAUGGCGUUUGAUAUUCCGCGCGUCGUCUCAUGGCUACUCAGCGCAGGCGUUCCACUCGCAUUGUGAUGGACACGCGCCCGUGCUACUGUUGGCGCAGGUGUCCCGCGGGGAGGUGGUGGGCGGGUACAGCGAGGUGUCGUGGGCGGCGGGCGGCGCAGGAGGUUACACUGCAGCUGACCACGCGUUCCUGUUCUCCCUCCCGGCCGGGGGCUCGCAGGCCACUACUGCCACUCCUCAACGGUUCCCGCUCGUGAAGAAAGCCUUCGCACUAUGCUAUCACCCUGAUUGCGGUCCGAUCUUCGGUGCCGGCGCAGACCUUCUGAUAUCAAGUAAUUGCAACUCCAACACGGAGAGUUACAGCAACCUGCACUCGUACGGCGACCCGGAGUCGUCCGCCACACUCGUCUCUGAUUACAACUUUACCGUUAGGGACUACGAGAUAUUUACAUACAAGCACAAUUAAUAUUUUUUAUAUUACUAA